AAACAUUUUAGGGAUGGUUUUGGUGUUCUCUGAUAUUUUUUGGGGUGGUUCUCUGAUGAUUUUUGGGGUUCUUCCCACUUCCCCAGGCCGCGCUCCCCAAAACUGGGACCACCACGGCCACAGCAGCCCCCCAAAAAGCCCAGGGCGGCCUCGAGGAAUCCAAGUCCUUCGCCGUGGGGAUGUUUUUGGGGCGCCUGAACGCCGAGCAGGUGUUCCCCUACCCCUCAGUCCUGACCGAGGAACAAGAACAAACCCUGCAGGAGCUCGUGGGUCCCCUCAGCCGCUUCUUUGAGGAAGUGAACAACCCGGCCAAGAACGACGCCCUGGAGAAGGUGGAGGACGAGACCAUGAAAGGGUUAAAGGAGCUGGGGACCUUCGGGCUCCAGGUGCCCCCCGAAUUUGGGGGGCUGGGGCUCAACAACACCCAGGUGAGGCACCCCCAAUUUGGGGAGCCCCCAAAUCCCCUCCCAGUAACUCCCAGUAAGUCCCAGUAACUCCCAGUGCUCCCA